UGGAGACCAAGGCAUCGAUCUGGAUGAAUGCGCAAUGAUGGUCGUCUGAAUACUUGAAGGUUGGGGCAAGUUUAUCAAACAAGAAAUGCCAUCUAGAGAGUACCUUGAGAGAGCAGCUAAAAUAAUAAUUUCUGCAACUCCAGAAUCCUCAUCAGAAGAAAGAAUUACAAUGAAAAUCCUCGGUGACUGGAUUGAUCAAAAUGAAAAUAUGAUGUCAAUGUUUCUAAUGUUUGAACCUCAGGAAAAGGUUGAGGAGAGGCUAUCACUAUUCUUACCCUUCAAGAGAGACUCUUCUCAUCUUCCUAUUUUACUACAUAAAUACUUAGGAAAGAAAAUAAUUGUGGAGAAAAGUCUUAAGAAAAUUUCAAAGAACAAAGAUUUUACUAGAUCUAGCCUAGAAAACUUAAAACUCAAGAAAAAUUCUUCGAGGAUGUCUUUGAUAAAAAGAAGCAUUAAGAAGAGGCGAACCAGACAAUCACAGCCAAAGCUGAGUGAAAGGAUUACAAAAUCCUAUGCAAUUCCUAUUUCUAUAGAAAAUCUUGCUGAUCCAGGCUUUUACAAGCUUAAGAAGUUAGAAAAUGAGGUUUCACUGCCAAAUCUUAAAGGAGCUCCUGCUACAAACCUUAUAAACAAAAUAAAGGAGCAACAAAGCACGGAGGAGACUCCAAAGAGAAAAUCUGUUCGUCACAGUAGCUUAGUUCACCAAGAUGAGAAAGAGAAGAAUUUGCCCACUAAUCUUGGCUCGAAACGGUUUAUCCCCAAAAGGACCAGGAGCAAAAACAUUAUAACAAUAAAGGAUAAGACUAUUAAGAGAAAAGAUGUAAUACUACUCAAGGAGGAAUUCGACUCUCUUUAUUUCAAUAAUAAGUAUUCUAACGGAAUGAGCCACUCUAACCUUCCAAGUUUGAGCAAAGGAGAAGAGCUAGACCCAGAGAUUGCAAAGAAAGUGUCGUUCAAAGAUACACUAAAAAAAUUUGCUCCAGGUGCAACGAAAGAAGACAUGGAUAAAAUGCUAGAUUGGGUUAAAUAAGGAGCAAGAGAUUGAAGAAAAAGGAGUGAUAAACUAUAAAAUGCCCAAAUAUGCCAAUCAGCAAAAGACUUCUCGCAAUAUACGGUUUAAACAAUUGAAGGAUUAUAUUCAUAUCUUUGAUAACCUUGAUAAGGACCGUGACUCGUUCCUCACAUUCAAAGACUUCCGUGAAGCUUACAGCCAUAUUCUUUCAGAUAAGGAUAUUGAGUCCUUCUUUACAAGGUUCAAUAAGAUAGCUCGUACUGAUCUUGACCAUCAACAUGACCCUAGUUCUUGUCUGGACCUCCAAGAGUACUUGAAGAUCAUGUUGCCUCAGGACUCUCUGCUAGAUGAAAAAGUCAAGAUCGAAGCUGAAGAAUACCAUAACAAAUUGCUACAGUCAACUAAAGCAGUGUUAAGAAAGAAACUAUUUUAGAUAGCCUAAUAGGGACC